GCUGGUUUCCGGCAAGAUCCGGCUGGAUUUGUCGCCGGGGACCCGGUUGGUGGCGCAGGGCGGAGCCCGGGGCUAGUCAUGGUCGCGGCUUCGGGAGGGGUAGGCGGCGGUUGCCGGCCUGCUCCUCGGAUCUGGUCCAUGGCUGUCGGCAGGGGGCUCGGCGCAGUCCCUCGGGGUCCCGGCGUGGAUGUGGGCUGCCACAGCGUGGUGGUGGCUCACGGCGGUGAUCGGGGUCGUUUCACGGCGGCGGUCGGACUUCUUCGGCGUCGGCCAGUCGACACCGAAAUCAGAUUUCUGCCACGUUGAGCCAUCAACAAGUUGACCUGGAAAUAUGGCGGAUGGAGCGUCCGAAGUUUCUGCAUUCCCCGGAGUUCCCUAUCCGUGCGUGCCAACGAUGCUUGAGGAUUAACUAAACAAUACGCAUGCAACUGAUUGAUGGCAUGAUCGAUCACGAGUAUAUAUACACACAAGUGCCCUGAUUGCAAGUGCAAACAUUAUAGCUCCACAGCAGCAACAACAUCGGUGCACCAACAGAAAUACAACAUGGAUUCAACGAGGUUUGCUCCGACCAUCUGCGCUCUGAUCUUCGUCGCGCUCUUCGCUUUCCAUGGUAUCAGUCUCGCUUCGCCUGACGAAGCGAAGAAGCUGUACAUCGUCUACUUGGGGGAGAAAAGAAGACUGCACGAGAACGCUGAUGACGCCACUGCCUCGCACCACCGCAUCCUGGCUUCAGUUCUCGGAAGCGAGGAGGCUGCUUCCAGGUCGAUGGUGUACAGCUACAAGCAUGGGUUCUCUGGCUUCUCCGCCAUGCUCACAGAAUCGCAGGCCGGGAAACUCGGAGGGCUACCUGGUGUGACGAGCGUGAGGAUGAACCAAGUCCAUAGUACGCAUACAACUCGCAGCUGGGACUUCAUGGGGCUGCCGCACGACCAGCCCAACGGAAUUCUGGCGAGUGCCGGGAUGGGGGAGGGUGUCAUCAUCGGUGUCAUCGACUCAGGUUAAUUAGUUUUCUCACCUUUUACAGCGAAAAAUUGAGCAAAUAAUUUUGCUUUACAAAUACAGAUUUCUAGUUACCCGUAAAAAGAAAAGCAGAUUUCUAAUUAUCCGCAAAUUGAGACUAGUUAAAUGUCAAUCAAUGGCACUCCCUCUGACCCAUAUUAAUUGUCUAAAGUUGCGACAAUUAAUAUGGAUCGGGGGGAGUAUAACCAUUUGGUUUAGUCGGAGAUUCGUAUGGGUUUUUUCUUUUGCUCCAUGGGUGAGAGAGAGGAUCAUGCCCAAGCAUUGUGCCUUGGAGGCGGAGGCCGCCGAGUAGAGCCCAUCGGUUGUGUGUUUCCACACAAUGUCGUUCUCGAAAUGUUCAUCGGGACGGAAGUUGUGCACUAACAUCCAAAGGGUAAAAAACGCCCUUAUGUGGUAGACGGAGACAACGGUGGAUGCAUUGAUCUUUAAUAUCCAAGAAUUUUUCUUAAGAGCCUCUAGCGCCUUCUUUUUUUUUUCUCGAGUAGGCCUCAUAGGUGAGUGGAGCAAUCUUUGGGCUUGCGUGUCCAAGGAGCCACGAGGAGUCCCAUAAUGGUGUUCUUGCACCAUUCCUCACGGUGAUGGUGGUGGAGGCAUAAACCUUUUUACCACUUUUUUCUUUUCUCCAUUCAAUAUAAAGGUUACACACAUAGGAAAUUUUGCAGUUUAGAUUAAGCAUGCGAUUUAUCUAAAAUUCUCCAUAGCAAUCAGAGUAGAAAGCACUUCCUCUGUAACUUAAUGUAAAACGCUUUUGUAGUUUAGUAUAUUAGACUGUAAAAUGUCUUUCAUUAAGUUACGGAGGUUGUAGCUCACAAAGAGAAGAAAAUUCUCGGGUCCUACCAACUUUCACACACACAUAUAGGUGCCAACCAGGCAGCUAGGGUUCAACCCAGUACAUGAACGAAUGCCCCCUUGAGGCCCUGGGCCAUCGCUCUUAUAGCCAUUAGGCCAACUCCAACAUAGAGACGCAUUUCAUCCGCUUUGGUCUGUUUGGGUCUGUGUGGACAAAAAAUAAGGCCCAACGGGCCGAAUCAAAUAGACCAAUGUCCUUUUUCUUGUCCGUUUGGACCCAUUCCUGGCCCAAAUUUGGGUCGGGUCUACGUUCACGUGGACAGGUAGUGGAUGCCUGCAACGUCCUCCCCUAGCCCGCCGGUCUGUAGCACAUCAUCUUCAUUCCCAUCAUUUCCCUCCCAAAUCCCUCCCGCCCUCCUGCCAUGGCUGCGCGCCCAACCCCAUCGCCCCCGUCCCCGUCAUGGCUGCCCGUGCCAUGGCCCUAAAGAAGCCGAAGAAGGAGAUCACCCCGGAGCAGAGGGCGAGCCAGAUGGCAAAGCGAGCUAGUCGGAGGAAGAGCGAGAAGGGCAAAGAAGACGUCGUCGCCACAACAAUGCUCAGACCUAGGCCGCCGCUACGGGGAGAGAGGCCCUCGUCGCCAAGGCAGUGCAACAUGCCUUCCUCUUGCUAGGGUACUGCGAGCCGGCCCUUCUCGUCACUGUCGCUGCGGUGGCCAACACGGGAUCGUCGGCAGCCCGCCCGCCCAGGCUUCUGGAGUCGCCGCACAUGUCCACAACACCGCCGACGUACGGGUUCCUUCUUGGGACGUCCCACUUCGCCAUGUCGCCACGGGGCGGCUCGCCGACAUGCAUUAAGUAUGACCGAUAUGCAAUUAUUUUGUAUGAUGGCAUGAAUUCUAGCUUCAUUUUGCAAUCUACUUGCUAUGUUUGAUGAUGAAGAUAUGUUUGUUGAAAAAAAACCAACGAGACGGAUCAAAUGGGUCGACCGGUUGGGCGCACUACCCGGAAAAAGCAGAUAAGGGGCAUAUACCGCCCUUACAGCCGACCCAAACGGAUAAAAAGCUGACAAAUUUCGUCUCCGUUUGGGUCGGCGCAUUGGAGUUGGCCUUACAUCCAAAGUUGUCAGAAUCACGACUCAAGUUUUAGAACCUUAUGACCUUACGAUCCAAACUAGCCCCUCCGAUUCUACGAUUUUGCUCAUAGAAUCUAAGAUUCUACGAUCGUGGUAGUUAUGAUUCUACGGCUCACGAUCCUACGAACGAAGCUCCGAUCUGAUUCAGAAUCCCGAUUCUGACAACUUUGCUUACAUCAUCACCAAGCAGUAAAGCAAAAGGAAAAAGGGUACAAGCUGUAAAGGGAAUUCAAAUAGUGACGCGAGGACCAACCUGGGCCGUCCGAUCGCAGAUGAACGUCCACAGCAUCCUCCUCUCGGCGCGAACCAGUAAGUGCCGCUGGAGACCGUUGGAUGGCAGAUGGACGGCUGGGGAGAGCUUCGACAAUUAAACAGUGCGUCUGAUAUAACUGAACUUAAGCGACACUUGACAUCCAGAUCCACGCAUCCAGCCAUCUCUGCCGCCGCCGCCGCGGCCGGUCUUUCCAGGUCGUCCUGAUGCUGGCUCCACCCAGCCGCCUCUUUCUCACCUCAUCUGGCGGCAUGACGGACAUUUUAUUCUGGAUCUAGAUUCAUUGGCACGAUGUGAGCUGUUGCUGGUAGGCGCAUUCCUAAUCUUAUACUCCUUGAUCCGGCUUAGACAUAAUCUAGUUUGAGUAGCUCAUUCAUUGACUCCCUUGCGACCGACGCCAACUAGCAAGAUGCAAAGUACUCCCUCCGUUCCCAAAUAUAAGUCUUUCUAAAGAUUUCAAUAAGUGACUACAUACGAAGCAAAAUGAGUGAAUUUACACUCUAAAAUAUGUCUACAUACAUCCGUAUCUUGUAGUCCAUUUGAAAUGUCUAAAAGGACUUAUAUUUAGAAACGGAGGGAGUAGUAUACAUAACGCUGGCAGUAAUUGAGGUUGCCAUAGCUGAGGGAGUGGGAAGUUGAGACUGGAACUUACGAACUGUUUUUUUUUCUCUUGGGCUAGUGUUCAGUUAGGGAAAGUUUGAUUUAUUUAUUUGUGUCAUGAUGCGUUUGGUGAUACAUGUAUUACUCUCACAUGGAUCUUGCAUAUCUCUUCCAAGUUUAUGCCCGGCUAAAAUGGAGAGCGAUGAGACCUUCUGCCGAGCAUGUGAGUCUGGCGCAUGGGCCCAAUAAGCUGGUGGCCCUGCCUUGUGUCGCGUACCUGUGCAGCCUACAACUGGGACGCGUACAUGAUGGCACACGUCAUGCCAACAAAAAAAGCUUGUGGCUUAGAGGAGAUGUGAUUGUUGGAGAGAAAAGAUGCUUAGAGGAGAUGGACACUGAAGAAGAGGGAGGUAAGAAACGGAAGAUCGGGAGGGAAGAAACACGGGGCUGCCGGAACAGCCCUGCGAGGACAAAUGAAAGUUAUUUCUUGGAACGGCCGGGGACUCGGGGGUAGGCCGGCAGUUCGAGGUCUUCUAGAAUUGCAGAAGAAGGAGUACCCCGAUGUUUUGUUUCUUUCUGAGACAAAGCUGAAUAAAAAUAAGGUGGAAAAGCUUAGAUAUACCCUAAACAUGCCUCAUAUGGUCUUCAAAGUUUGUGAGGGGAAGAGUGGAGGAUUGGCACUUCUCUGGAAGAGGGAAAUAAAUUUGAGUCUCCGUUGGCUUGGGCGAAUGCAUAUUGAUGCUACUUUUACAGAGGAAGAUGGUUUCAAGUGGAGGUUUAUAGUGAUUUAUGGGGAGCCUAAGACUGAAUUGUAGGAGGAAACAUGGCGGCUAUUACGUACAUUACACCUCCAGGAGAAUUUACCGUGGGUAUGCAUGGGUGAUUUUAAUGAGAUCUUAUACAACUUUGAGAAGCAAGGUGGGGUGGCCAGAACACAAGUCUUUAUGAAUUGUUUUCAUGAUGCUUUGAACUUUUGUAAUUUGAAUGACCUCGGAUUUGAGGGUGACAUUUUUACCUGGCGCAAUAAUAAUUUUCGUGUUGAUGGGUAUAUUCGGGAAAGAUUAGAUAGAGCUGUUGCAAAUGCUGAAUGGUGUGCUCGUUUCCCCGGGUAUAAAGUGGUAAAUGGUUGCCCUGAACAUUCUGACCAUCGGCCCGUUAUUUUGCAUGUCAAUGGAGCGUCCAAGAGACCCAGGCCGAAACCAAAUAAUCUGAAUAAACGUUUUGAGGCACGUUGGCUAUUAGAGGAUGAUUGUGGAAGCAUUGUGAUGGAUGCUUGGCAAAAGGCUGGUGACCGAGGAGAGAACACAGUUGCACAACUUAUUAAGGCUGUGUCACAGAAGCUUGAUGCCUGGAGCAGAGAGGUCCUUGGGGAUCUGCAAUAACGUAUCAAUAAACUGUGUGCUAACUUGGAAAAAUGCCGGUGUGGGAACCUGACAAAAGCAGGUCUGAGGCGUGAGCAGGUGAUCAGGUAUAAACUUGAUCGGCUGGAAGAACAACUAGAUAUUUUUUGGCGGCAACGAGCUCAUGCAACAUGGCUGGUAAAGGGAGACCGUAAUACUGAAUUUUUCCACAACUUUGCGUCGGCUAGAAAGAAAGAAAACAGAAUAGAAAAGCUCAUCGGGGAAGAUGGUGUGGAGGUGAAAGGGGAGGCUGGUCUGAAGGAAUUUAUUUCUAACCACUUCUUUAACUUGUUUACCCCUGUGGCAGGCCCAAAUUUUAACCAGGCAUUACAAGCAGUACAACCGAAGUUGACACCCCAGAUGAAUGAUCUAUUAAUAAAGGAGUACACUGUUGAGGAAGUGAAGCGAGCCCUUGAUGAUAUGGGUGAUCUUAAGGCACCUGGUGCGGAUGGUAUGCCGGCUAUUUUCUAUAAGAGAUUUUGGAGUACGGUGGGCGAAGCUGUGACACGAGAGGUAUUACAUGUGUUGCGAGGCGGCAGUAUACCAGAGGGAUGGAAUGAAACAAUUGUUGUGCUUAUCCCAAAGGUUCGGAAUCCUGAUCGUAUCAAAGAUCUACGCCCUAUUAGCCUUUGCAAUGUGGUGUAUAAGCUUGUGUCUAAAGUGUUAGCAAACCGUCUCAAACAAAUCUUGGAUGAGAUUAUUUCAGCCAACCAGAGCGCCUUUGUGCCAGGCCGUUUAAUUUCUGAUAACACUAUUUUAGCCUAUGAAAUGACCCACUUCAUGAGAAGAAAGAGGAGAGGUAAAGAUGUAUACAUGGCACUCAAGCUCGACAUGAGUAAAGCUUAUGAUCGGGUAGAGUGGCUGUUUCUUGAAGGAAUUAUGAAGAAGUUGGGCUUCAUUGA